UUUUCUCUCCCAAGGAAGUAUUUACCUGGAACCGACUUAAUGAGCAAGCUGUUGUUAGUUGAUCAAGAUGUUAUCAAUAUUGUUGUCUCAGCAGUUAUUGGACCAAAGGCAAAAGAUCAAUACGUUGCCAUUCCAACUGAGUGGAUUGAUUUCACUCGCUUUGAUGUCGCAUACGAGCCAGUCAACUGCUCCGAUGACCUACCUCGUAUUCUAAUCGAGAUUCAAAAUAAGGCAGAUAUGAAUUUCUAUCAACGGCUAAUCGACUAUUCGCGUUCGGUUUGUAGACAACACAAAGCGUCUAAGCUCCCUAUUGUUGUAGCAAUUGUGAUCGAUUCGACAACCAGAGAUCUACUUGAAGUUGAAACACCUGGUUCUCCUAUCCCUUUUGCAAAACAGCUAUCGAGCAUUGGCUGGGCCAGCUCAUGUCUAUUGUUCAAUGCAGAGACUAUUGCACCCUAUCUCAACGAAGCCCCAUUAAGCCCAUUGCUUGCACUUGUUUACUACCUUAUUAAACAAGAGGCAUCACUCAUAGACCUGGAACAACGCAAUGACCCAACACUAGUUUGUCUAUAUACUAAAAUGAAGAAUACACUUGGUGAUCAUAUCCAUGACAACGAAAGCUCUAUCCAAGUAUUAAAGAAUGUAUGUGCCCAAUCAAAACUAGAAUGCUAUAAGGCAAAAGCAGCCCUUGAA